GGGGCCGGUGCUGCCGCGGCCGCUCCUGGCGGCGCUCCCGCGCGGAGCCCGGCGACCCGGCCCGGCCUUCUCCGGCCCAGCGGCCCCGUGCCUGCGGCUCCGUCGCUGGAGGUGGGGGCCGCUCUUGGCCGUCCCUGGGCUCGCUCGUCCCUGCCGCCGGGGGCCGGCUGCGCUGCUCCCGCUGCCGUUUACGAGGAAUUGCGCCCGGCCGGGCCCUGCGUGCCCCGCCGCCCCCUCGGGUGCAGUGGAGCCCAUGCAGAUUGAUGUAGAUCCACAAGAAGAUCAGCAAAAUGCACCUGAUAUCAAUUAUGUGGUGGAAAACCCCACUCUGGAUUUGGAGCAGUAUGCAUCCAGUUACAGUGGUCUGAUGCGAAUUGAGCGGCUGCAAUUUAUUGCUGAUCACUGCCCACAGCUGCGGGUGGAAGCUCUCAAGAUGGCACUGUCAUUUGUCCAGAGAACUUUCAAUGUUGAUGUGUAUGAAGAAAUCCACAGAAAGUUGUCUGAGGCCACCAGAGAACUGCAGAAUACACCUGAUGCUGUCCCUGAUAGUGGAAUCGAACCCCCUCCUCUUGACACAGCUUGGGUUGAAGCUACGCGCAAAAAAGCUCUUCUUAAACUGGAGAAACUCGACACAGAUUUGAAAAAUUACAAAGGGAACUCCAUCAAGGAGAGUAUCAGGAGAGGCCAUGAUGACUUAGGUGAUCAUUACCUUGACUGUGGGGACCUCAGCAAUGCUCUCAAGUGUUACUCACGAGCCCGUGAUUACUGCACCAGCGCUAAACAUGUUAUCAACAUGUGUCUCAAUGUCAUCAAGGUUAGUGUCUACCUCCAGAAUUGGUCUCAUGUUCUGAGCUAUGUAAGCAAGGCUGAGUCUACGCCAGAAAUUGCAGAACAAAGAGGAGAGAGAGACAGCCAGACACAAGCAAUUCUCACCAAACUGAAAUGUGCAGCAGGCUUGGCUGAAUUAGCUGCUCGGAAGUACAAACAGGCAGCAAAGUGCUUCUUGUUGGCAUCAUUUGAUCACUGUGAUUUCCCAGAGCUGUUAUCUCCUAGCAAUGUGGCUGUGUAUGGUGGUCUGUGUGCCCUCGCUACCUUUGACCGUCAGGAACUGCAACGAAAUGUCAUCUCCAGCAGUUCCUUCAAGUUGUUUCUGGAGCUGGAGCCACAGGUUCGUGACAUCAUCUUCAAGUUUUAUGAAUCUAAAUAUGCUUCAUGCCUGAAGAUGCUGGAUGAGAUGAAGGACAACCUGCUGCUGGAUAUGUACCUUGCACCUCAUGUCAGGACACUUUAUACUCAGAUUCGAAAUCGUGCCCUUAUUCAGUACUUCAGCCCCUAUGUGUCGGCAGAUAUGCACAAGAUGGCUACUGCUUUUAAUACCACGGUGGCUGCUCUGGAAGAUGAACUUACUCAGCUGAUCCUGGAGGGACUGAUCAAUGCCAGAAUAGACUCUCACAGUAAGAUUCUUUAUGCUCGAGAUGUUGACCAGCGCAGCACAACUUUUGAGAAGUCUUUACUAAUGGGCAAAGAGUUUCAGCGACGUGCCAAAGCUAUGAUCCUACGAGCUGCAGUCCUGCGCAACCAGAUACAUGUCAAGUCUCCUCCAAGAGAAGGUAGCCAAGGGGAGCUUACUCCAGCUAACAGCCAGUCCAGAAUGAGCACCAACAUGUGAAAAACUUCAUUCACUACCAAAAGAAAUGGUCCCUCUGGGACUCUGUCUAGUGUCUCACCCACAAACUGCUGAGCUUUACAACUGUCUCUGUCUCCCUCACUUUUUGCUUGGAUUGAGAGGGUCAGGGCUGAUGGUGGAUAAUACGAAUAUUCCAGUAACUUGAAUUCUCCUUAAAAAGAAAUUUCUAAAAACAGCAUCCCUGCAAUGGGUUUUCAUUUCACUUUUGUUAGGACUCUCCCUCCAUUCUCCUUCAUCCACCAUGAAGAGUUGGCACGUUAUUUGUACAGAUGCUGAUUUGAUUUUUUUUUUCCAGCUGCUAUUAGUUUUUCUUUGUUUGUUUCAAAGCUUCAAAAAGUAGUGUUAAGUUGAAUAGACAGGAGUGAUCUAAGAUGAAUUUCACUGGCCCAAAAGUAUCACCUUGAUUCUGAGCAAUGCUGUGCUUUCUGUUUAUUUCUAAGUGCAUUGCUUUCAAUUAUGGAACUGGAGUUCUGAUGGGAGAGGCAAUUCUUUUGAGAAACUCUUAAUGAUAUUUUACCUACACCUUAAAACAUGGCACCACUUCCAUGCAUUCAGUCACAGGCCUUUAUUUUAGGGUGUUAUGUUUACCUAGAUCCAUGUUCUUUCCCUUUGGUCUCUGUUUUCAAGACCUGUUUCCUGAUGUGUUUCCACAUGCAUGUGACCUGUCUUUGGGGGUCCAGUGUUAUCAUAGCAGUAAAUCUCUUCCUUAAGCAAAUGCUGCUGCUGCUUGUCUAGUCUCACUGACAUAGUGCAUGAUGGUUUCCCAACAUGUUCAGCAAUUACUUCUGGUAGCAUGGAUAAAUGCCAUAAAAUACCAUGCAAGUCCUGGAGCAGAGCUGAAAACAGUCAAUCUGGGUGCCUGCUCUCCAGCUGCGUUUAUUCUGCUUUUCUUUUUAAUAAGGGAUUAAAGGUGGCAGCCCAGAUGUGUACAUGUUUUGUGUUAAUGUAAGAAGACAUGCACUGAAUUUUCUGAAGUCACUGCAGCCUUGCAUUCAUCUAAUCCAUAAAGCAAGCUAAGAAUUUUGAUCCAGCCCUGACUUGUCUGGCAACUGACUACAGAUGUUAUUGUUAAUACUUUUUUUUAAAUAUGUUGUUACAUCUAGUGCAUUAAACAGCAGGAUCAAAAAGCUUCUAAGUGUUUGGAGUUCCGUAUUAAAGUUGGUUUCUAGA